UGCAAAGUUCAGCUUGAUCUGUGUUGCGUGUUUUCAGGGAGCGUCACUGGCUGCUUUAUUAUCAUGGCUCAGUUUAAAUAUCGCCUCAUUCUGUUCUUUCUCUGCUGAAGUACGCUCCGUUUUGCCCGUUUUCAAUUGUUAGUCAAUUUAUGCGGAAAAUAAAACAAAAAUAAAUUACAAAUAAAUCGUUGCUCUCCAUUAACAAACCUUUACUCGACUGCCUGACGAUAUUUGGGGAUUAUAAUGGUCAUCAAGGUUUACGUAGCUUCCUCAAGUGGCUCCGUCGCGGUAAAGAAGCAGCAGCAGGCAGUUGUGGGUUUCCUGGAGGCGAAUCGAAUUAACUUCCAGGAAGUUGACAUUACCAUGCUAGAGGAGCAGAGGCUGUGGAUGUACCGCAAUAUCCCCAAGGAAAAGAAACCAGAGAAAGGCAACCCGAUGCCUCCACAGAUCUUCAAUGAGGAUCAGUACUGUGGUGACUACGAAGAUUUCUUCCAGUCAAAGGAGAACAACACUGUGUUUGCAUUCCUUGGUCUCAAUUCUCCAGCCAGUGUGACAACUCAUAUUCAGGAUUUAUAAAAUUAUUAAUGAAGUUCCGCAUCACUCAAAUGAAGGAUUCAGAGUCAUAGAUCAAGCUGCUCUCACGUCACCAGGAUAUAUCCAUAUUUGCAUAACUUCCUGCAUUGCAUCACCUCCUGUCUUGUGACAACUCCAGUUUUGCCAAAACCUGCCGUAGUGGAGGCUGCCUCUCUGAAACCAUCACCGGACCUCCGAGGAGAGUUCAACCUAUCCGCUACAGCAAUAAAUCACACUGGACUAUCUUUGUUUGGAUUACAUUUGUGUGUCGAAGCAUUGCUUUUCAUGCUGUGCCAGCAAACAGUACUUGUAGCACAUAUUGAUGCAAACUUGGGAACUAUGUAGCAGUUUUCGCCUCAGCCUUUUAUAUAAUCUUAGUGAGACCAACAGGGUAAAUGAUCAGGUGCGAUAGUGCUGCUGAAUAUCUGUUUACACCCUUCUCCAAAUGAGUGAGCAUAUGUUCUGCUGUUAGCAUCAGUCAGCAGCUGCUAAUGAAGGGAAAACUAAAUGAAGCAUAAGACGAGCUGGGAGUUUAUCAGGGUGCCUUACCUUGCCUGUGUUUGGACCAAAUGCUAAGAAUAGCACAAAUUUGAGUAAUCUAAUCAAAUUAUGUUGUUUUGAUAUUUCUUUGCUUAGUUUAUGUGCAGUCUGUUCAGCUGUAGGAUUUAAAGUUGGAAGAUGUUUGGUAACCUUUGACCUUCCUUGGCUGUCUCUGUUGCUUUGCCUUGGUCUGUUUGGUUUUAUUGAGGUUGCAUUUUGUUACAAAGACAAACAAAGGUUGUAUGGAUCAUUUUAUUUCUCUAUUCUAUGUUUUUUUUUUUAGAUGUUCUCUCCAUACUGCCAAAUUAGACAAAGACUUCACUGUGGACAGCCCGUCAUCUUUGUGCUAUACAUGUCAUUAAAUAUAAGUCCAAGCUGUCUCAUCUCUCAGCGUUUCAUUCAUCACUAUUCUCAGGAACAGUAUUCCAAAUGUGGAUUAUAAAUUGUUAAUGUUUGAAAUAGUAGCACUGUUAAAACGAGAUAAACAUUUUCAUCAUGCGAGAAAAAAAGUUAUUUUCACAUAUCAGACAGCAUCACCGGAAGAAUUCACUAAAAAGAUAUUUUCAGUUUAUCUGAUUUGUUUUCUUUGUUGUUACAGCAUGGGUCGACUUUGUAAAUGUCUGUUUUCUGGGAUCGAUUGAUCUGUUGGGUUGCUUCCUGUUUCUCUGUUAUUUAAUUUUGGCUUUCCUUUGCUUGUACAAAGUUAUGAAUUGACGCUAAUGCACCACUAUAAAGUUUUUUUUUGCAUGAAAGAUGGUUACUCUGUUUCUAGAUGCAUUGCAGCACUCCUCUUUUUAGGUUUUCCUAAAAGUUUUUAUCUUACUAUUCUGAAAUGUUUAAUCAAUAUGGGAUUUAAAGGACAAGUCUUGAUCAAAAAAAUACCACUUUUUUUUUUUUUUUUACUUUAGUAUCUGAGAUCAAAUUAACCCCAUCCAAAUUAAGUGACUGACUAAUCAUCUUCUUUUUUC